GAGGGCGAGUGCUGCGAGGGGCUGGCGCGGUGGGCGGGAGCGGCACGCGGCGGCAGAGGUGGGAGCAGCGCAGGUGAGGAAAAUGCCAGUUUUCAGUAAGAUCAGGCACCUUCAAACAGAGAAAGACUGAGAUUUCACAAGGUGGAUCUUUUCAAGCACCUCCAGAAAGAGAACCGACGGGGUUGGCAUCUAGAGAACUGCAAUGGGCGAGGAAGGCCCUCCCAGUCUGGAGUACAUCCAGGCCAAGGACUUGUUCCCCCACAAAGAGCUGAUUAAAGAAGAAGAAUCUUUACAGGUCCCAUUUACAGUGCUGCAGGGAGAGGGUGUGGAAUACCUGGGCCAUGCGAGUGACGCCAUCAUUGCCAUCUCCAAUUACCGGCUCCAUAUCAAGUAUAAGGACUCUGUAAUCAACGUGCCUUUGAGGAUGAUGGAAAGCGUGGAGAGUCGGGAUAUGUUCCAGCUGCACAUCGUAUGCAAGGAUUCCAAAGUAGUCAGGUGCCAUUUCUCUACUUUCAAGCAAUGCCAGGAGUGGCUGAAGCGGCUGAGCCGAGCCAUCGCUCGCCCUACAAAGCUGGAAGACCUCUUUGCAUUUGCUUAUCACGCCUGGUGCUUGGGGGUUUGCGCUGAUGAGGAGGACCAACAUGCCCACCUCUGCCGCCCGGGAGACCACGUCAAAUACCGAUUUGAGAUGGAGCUGGCCCGGAUGGGCUUUGACCUGCAGAAUGUUUGGAGGGUUUCUGACAUCAACAACAAUUACAAGUUGUGUACCAGCUAUCCGCAGAAGCUCCUUGUUCCCGUCUGGAUCACUGACAAGGAGCUGGAGAACGUGGCUUCUUUUCGGUCUUGGAAGAGGAUUCCAGUGGUUGUGUACAGACACUUGCGCAACGGGGCAGUGAUUGCCCGCUGCAGCCAGCCCGAAAUAAGCUGGUGGGGCUGGCGCAAUGCGGACGAUGAGUACCUGGUGACCUCCAUUGCCAAAGCCUGUGCCUUGAAUCCUGGACAGAGGGUGGCUGGGGGGACUCCGCAUUCUGGGCUCAGCGAUGGGAACGAGGCUUGCCACGCAGGGUUCGAUUCAUCACUGACAGCAGGUUCAAGUGUGGAGAGUUCAGCAACGCCGCAAAAACUGUUGAUCUUGGAUGCCCGGUCUUAUACAGCGGCUGUUGCCAACAGAGCCAAGGGAGGAGGCUGCGAAUGCGAAGAGUAUUACCCAAACUGCGAAGUGGUGUUCAUGGGCAUGGCCAACAUCCACUCUAUCCGAAACAGCUUCCAGUACCUGCGGGCAGUUUGCAGUCAGAUGCCAGAUCCCAGCAAGCUUAACGUUCUCCCCUUCACAUGUGUACCUUUCAGCUGGCUGUCAGCUCUAGAGAGCACCAAAUGGCUGCAGCACCUCUCUGUCAUGCUGAAAGCAGCUGUGUUGGUCUCGAACGCCGUAGACCGCGAAGGGCGCCCUGUGCUUAUCCACUGCUCAGAUGGCUGGGACAGAACUCCCCAGAUCGUUGCCCUGGCAAAGAUUCUUCUGGACCCUUAUUACAGGACCAUGGAGGGUUUCCAGGUGUUGGUUGAAUCAGACUGGCUGGAUUUUGGCCACAAGUUUGGGGAUCGCUGUGGCCACCAGGAAAAGGCAGAAGAUCAGAACGAGCAGUGCCCCGUGUUUCUGCAGUGGCUGGAUUCUGUACAUCAGCUGCUCAAGCAAUUCCCCUGCCUUUUUGAAUUCAACGAAGCUUUCUUGGUGAAAUUGGUGCAACACACGUACUCCUGCCUUUAUGGGACCUUCCUUGGAAACAGCCCUUGUGAGCGAGAGAUGCACAACAUUGCCAAGCGCACCUGUUCUGUGUGGUCCCUUCUGAGAGCUGGCAACAAGAAUUUCCACAAUCUGCUCUACAUGCCUGGAAAUGAGCAGGUGCUGCAUCCAGUGUGCCAUGUGCGUGCACUGCACCUCUGGACAGCAGUGUAUCUCCCAGCAUCAUCUCCGUGUCCUCUCGGAGAAGAGGGCAUGGACCUUUACAUGCCUUCUGGAUCUCAAUGCCAGGAAUUUAGCAGCCGAUCUCUUGACAGGUUACCAAAGACAAGAUCCAUGGAUGACCUGCUCUCAGCCUGUGAUCCUGGCAGCCUGCUGACCCGCACAUCGAGUGAUCCAAAUCUUAACAACCACUGUCAAGAUGUCAGGGUAGGAUUGGAGCCCAGGCAUCCUAAUGCUGAGGAGGCAGCGGCGGGCAACGAGAGCGCAAGAGAGGAGCCAUCUCCGGUGCCUGAGCAGCAGGAACUCCAUCCCCCACAGCCAGCUGAGACUUGCAGCUCCAACAGUGACAGAAUCGAUCAGCCACAUACGCUGCAGGUGAAUGGGGAGACGCAGAAAUCAAACUGCAUCUUUCCAGAGGUGGUAACAGUUAAUGAAGCUAGUCCAGCAGUGGCAGAAGGCAUCUGCCCAGCACAAAGUGCUUUGGGGCGAAAGAAACUCUCGAAGGAUUUGGUCAGAACAGAGGAGGAGUCGGAGCCGUCUCCCUGCAACAAUGUGAAAGGCCUUGGCUUGGAAUCCAAUGGUGCUUGGGACUUGGCGGAACCUUCCCUCCAGCCUUCAGCAUGUACUCCCAUUUGGAACCCGCCAGUCCCUAGCGUCCCGAAACAGGAUGCUCCAGGGUACCAAAAUGAGGAGGACGGCAAAAGCAGCUGUGCCAGGCAUGGAGAAGAAGGUAGCCAGAUGGGGAAAACUCCUCCGGAGUGGUGGCGAAAAGGAAUCUCGCAGAGCCAGACCAGCGAAUUCUCUCUUCUAGGAGCCAACUGGGACAGUUUUCAGGGGAUGGGGACUUCACUUCCUGGGGGUGACGCGGGUCCUCGGCGGCUCUUCUCCUACGGCUGCUGUAACAAGAGGCUGAUUGGCAGGCCCUUCUGGACGUCUGGACUGUGUCUCAGUGGCCAGUGGCCGGUGAAAGAAGGUGCAAAGCCCCCAGCCUGCUCAGGCCAUUCUGGCACACACUGCACAGGCCUCGCCGCAAAAUCCAGCAGGCUGUGGCUCCCCUGCCAUUUGAAGCAGGCGCUCGGCACCAAGCCCGCACCUCCCAACAGCCCUUCCCCAGUGCCUCCCCUCUACCUAGACGACGACGGGCUCCCCUUCCCCACGGAUGUGAUCCAGCACCGGCUACGGCAGAUCGAAGCCACCUACAAGCAGGAGGUGGAGCAGCUGCGCAGGCAGGUGCGAGAGUUGCAGCUGCGACUGGACAUCCGCCAUUGCUACGCACCUCCGGCUGAACCACCGAUGGACUAUGAAGACGACUUCACCUGUCUCAAGGAAUCUGAUGGCAGUGAAAAUGAGGAUUUCUACUCUGACCACAGUGAAGACUGCCUGUCUGAAGCCAGCUGGGAGCCUGUUGAUAAAAGGGAAACUGAGGUCACACGCUGGGUUCCAGACCACAUGGCCUCACACUGCUUUAACUGUGAUUGUGAGUUCUGGCUGGCCAAACGCAGGCACCACUGCAGGAACUGCGGGAAUGUGUUCUGUGCUGGUUGCUGCCACCUGAAGCUGCCCAUUCCCGAUCAGCAGCUCUACGAUCCAGUCCUCGUCUGCAAUUCCUGUUACGAUCACAUCCAGGUAUCCCGUGCCAGGGAACUGAUGAGCCAGCACCUGAAGAAGCCCAUAGCCACAGCUUCCAGCUGAACGUCAGAAGAGGGAGCCUGUCCAAGCCUGGCCUUUUCAACCUGCAGACUGGAAGGGAAGGGCUGCCUCUGCUGCAGCUGAGGAGGUCGGUAACGCAGCGCUUGACCACCAAGCCUUGUAUGCACUGUUGGCGAUUUUCCCCCACUUGGUGCCCCAUGUAUUGGAGAUGAGGAAAUUGGAUUAAAGAGUGUGAUAUGGCCCACGUCACGGUACCGUGUAUGGUCUGAAGACCUGAGGCUGAAUCGGAGACCGCCGUGUCUUUCUUCAGAGGGUUGGCAAGUGAUGUGGUGCAAAUACUGCCUUGUUCCCCAAAGCAAUAGGAAGGCAUGACCAGAAUGAGACCCUCUUUGCCCCACCUCACAAAGGCAGGCAGGCUGAAUUGUGCAAGACAGAAGGCAGCCACUGGGUGGUCUAUCUACAGGAGAGCUCUGGCUGCAGUAGUAAUAUUUCAGUAGUGUUUGGCUUGCCAGCCGCUUCCCUGGAGGGCUCAAGGCCAGCACUAAUACCAAAAGCAGGAGGAAGGACUCUCUUAUCAAGCAGAGUGCCUCUCUGCACAUUCCCGGUCAUCUUUCAGGGAACGGACUCUUUGCCCCCCAGCAGCUGGGCUGUUGUAUGCGGAAAGCAGAGUCAAGUGUGGCUCGCUGCUCUUCCCAUCCGCCCGCUGCGGGUGUCGGGCAGCUGGUUCCAGCCGGGUGUCUUCACAGGAGCGACACCUCGAGCCUCCCUGGAUCCGCACCACCGGGUGUAUCUUCCCCUCCCUUAUUGCUGCACUUGUGUCUCCCUCUUUCUGGUUGCUCUUUAUCCCGAAAACCUGAUGCCUGGAGGGCAGGCAGACGACCUGGUUUUCUUUUCCUCCUGGAACGUGCUGUUUAGUGUGCUUGAGGGUCUCAGUCCAAAAUGCUGCUAAUGUUAUUUCUCUGCACUUAAAACUGUACUCUGGAAAAUAAGUGGGGGGGGGAGGGGAUGCCAAUCUCAUAAACGGGAGACGGAGAACACUGGCUAACGGGGGACCCUUUCCCUGUUCCUGCCACUGCAGAUGGUGCAAGGGACAAUAAAAAGACCAUAACCAUCCCCGCAAGAAUGUUCUUUGGCUCAUUCUGAGGUCAGUAAAUUCCUCAUUUGGAAAUAGGUCUCCUGCCAUCUGGCUGUUCCCCUAGUGGAUAUUUUCACUUCCAUCCAAACAAGUAUCAGCCGGCACUUUCUGAAAGGGGAGAGAGAGAGAGAGACUCUGCUGACAUUUGCACCAGUUUUCAUGAGAAGGGCCCAGGUCAUUUUAUCCUGCAGCAUAUAUCUGUAGUUGAGGGGCGUAGAAGAAACAGGAUGGCGAAAUGUAUUCCUCUUCGCCAAUCCAAGGGUCCUUAGACCCUCCAUGUUGGAAGGGUGCGCAGGUCCUCUUGUCCCGAUAGGAACUUGAAAAUGCUACCCCCUCCGUGACCGAGCGUGAAUUUGUGCCAGCAUCUCACUCUUGGCUGGAUUUUUAAGUUGUUAGCAGAUUCAGUGUUUCUCUCUACCAUUUCGCUACCUUCCACAUUUCAGCCUGCUUUCGGUCUCGAGCCUAAAAGCCAGUAUCAUCCUCUUGACACUGGAUCCCUCCCUGAAUUGCUCCCGUGGCCCGUUUCAGGGAGCGAGUCACUACUUAUCGGUAAAUGGUGGGAUCUUUUAAUUUGCCACGCUCUGAACUUUUUAUCUGUACAAAAGUGUAUAUGUAUGAAAGAAGGAGAGUUCAGAUCCGGUUGGAUUUUCAGCUCAUUUGCACAAACUGCAACAACAAAAAACCUGGAGAGAAAAGAGAGAAAAGAAGUCAGCCGUGGUUAAUCAGAACUCCUUUCAGCUCUCAUGAAUUUGUGUCGCUGUCUUCAGGCAAAACAAAAACAAAACCCACCCUCCAAAAUCAGAUCGAUAGCUUUGUGACAAAACAAUGUGCUGUAAGAAAUUCAAUACAGUGGAAUAAAAUCUCUAUAUUAG